AUGAGUCAAUUAUUUACAGAGUCUUUUGUUGGCCAUUUUUUGUAUCGAAUUUCGGGUAGAAAGAUUUUCUUGCACCGUGAUGAGUUACCUGGCUACGUCAUUCCAGAAAAAUACUUGGUAAAUAAUGAUCAACAACCGGAAUACGAGUUUCCAAAAAGAGAAGGAGAAGGAGAGGGAGAGGGAGAACACAACAGCAAUAACAAUAAUAGCAGCAGCAGUGACAAUAUAGAGGUUGCGAGAGGUUCAACUUCAAACGAUGAGGACAUUGAGAAGGAAAAACAACAGAAGCCAGACAGUGCCUCUGAAGAGACCAAAGCAACUACCGAAUCCAAUAACAAAGACGACGCCAAGUCAGAUUACAUAAUAGUCACGUGGGAUGGAGAUGAUGAUCCAGACAAUCCAUACAAUUGGCCAUUUUAUCUCAAGGCUAUUAUGGCUUUCCAAAUUGCGUUUUUAACCGUUUCAGUAUACAUGGGAUCAGCAAUAUAUACCCCAGGUGUCCAAGACAUAAUGACCAAGUUCAACAUCAAUGAAACCAAGGCAGUGUUACCAUUGACUAUGUUUGUUAUUGGAUACGGUAUUGGUCCUAUAUUUUUCAGUCCCUUGAGUGAAGAUUCGAGAAUCGGUAGGACUCCAUUGUACAUUAUUACGUUGUUUAUCUUUUGUAUGAUGCAAAUUCCAACUGCUUUGUCUACUAGUCUUGCUGGAAUGUCCGUUUUGAGAUUGAUUGCUGGGUUUUUCGCUAGUCCCGCUUUGAGUACCGGUGGUGCGUCAUUUGGUGAUUUUAUUACAUUGCCAUUUUUUGUUGUUGGGUUAGCUACUUGGUCAUUGGGUGCCGUUUGUGGUCCUAGUGUUGGUCCAUUGAUUGGUGCCGUUUUGGUGCAAAGAGGUGGCCAUAAUGGAUACGAAAGUUGGCGUUGGACAUUUUGGUUUAUGGCUUUGAUUUCAUCGUGUUUUUUGAUUCUUGGUUGGACAUUGCCAGAAACUUAUGCACCUAAAUUGCUUCGUCAGAAAGCAGAAAGAUUGAGAAAAUUGACUGGAAACAACAAGAUUGUAUCUCAAGCUGAGUUGGACCACAGCUCAACACCAACUGGACAAGUUGUCAAGAAAUUAUUAUGGCGUCCAUUUGAAAUCACCAUCACUGAACCGGUUGUGUUGUUGAUUGGAAUUUACAUUGCCUUGGUGUACAGUAUUCUUUAUUUGUUCUUUGAGGCUGUGCCUAUUGUUUUCCAAGAAACUAAACACUUUACAUUGGUUGAAAUGGGUGUCACUUAUCUUUCAGUUGUCAUUGGUAUCUUCUUUGGUGGGGCAAUAUACAUUCCAUAUGUGUACAAGGUGUUCACCAAGCCAUUGCUUGCUGGAGAGUAUGAGAAAGUUACCCCAGAAAUCUUCUUGCCACCAUCGAUCUUGGGAGCUUGUUUGAUGCCUAUUGGAUUAUUCAUUUUUGGUUGGACUUCGUCUCCACACAUCCAUUGGUUCCCACCUAUGAUUGGAACCGCGGUUUUUGCAAUUGGUGCAUUCAUCAUCUUCCAAACUUUGUUCAACUAUAUGGCUGCUAGUUUCAAAGUUGAGUACUUGGCCUCGGUGUUUUCAUCGAAUGCAUUUUUCCGAAGUGUUGUUGCUGGUUGUUUCCCACUUUUUGGCAGAGCAUUAUUUAUCAACUUGAGCAUUAAAAAUUACCCAGUGGGCUGGGGAUCAUCUUUAUUGGCAUUCUUGUGUUGUUUGAUGAUUCUUAUCCCUGUGUUUUUCUACUUGAAUGGUCCCAAGUUGAGAGCAAGAUCAAAAUACGCCAAUCAUUAA